AUGGAUGAAGGUGGCCUGGCCGAUGUGGCCGCAAUGCCCCCUGAGGAGGAAGGUGCUGGGUUCUUGCCUUUCCUUCUGCUGAUCGUCCUCGUCGGUGCAGGCUGGUGGUUCUGGUCCAACAGCAGCGCUCAGACUUCCCCAGGCGCUGCAGAGGCCGCGCCCAAGCCGAAUCCGGAGGAGCUGCGGCGAAAGCGUCUCGAAGCUCUGGAGGCGUCCAUGACCAGCCAGCAGCCUGUGGCCACGACACCCGCUGCAGCGGAGGCUCCUGCUACUGAUACCACAGCGACGGCGAAGACGCCGGAGGCCGCCCCUCCUGUGGAGAAGCCGGCCGUGGCAGAGAAGCCAAAGCCGAAGAUGGAGGAGGAGGGUUUGCGCAAGCGAGUGGCUCCUGAGGCGCAAAAAGCUGCAGUUCCUGCGCCGGCACCGGCGAGAGAAGCUCCGGCCUCUGCCAAGGAGAACACGCCGCCACCCGCAGCGCCAGAGCGAUUCGCUGUGCGUGCCCGGGCAACGCUGCAGGGGGCUUCGGUCCUUCGGAGCCUGGAGGGCGUGGAGGCUUCCACAACUGUUCAGCGUCUUCGGGAUAUGGUGCAAAAGGCCUUUCUUCCUGAUGCAAAGGGUCAAACCCUGCGGAUCUUCUUCAAUGGCAAGGAGCUGAAGGAGCCUGGACUAUCUGCCAAGCAGCUGGGGCUCAGUGAGAACGCCUGCCUACAGGUCAUGUUCUCGGCGCCGAGCGCGGCACCCGCACACAGCCAGGCUCCAGCAGUCACGCCUCCGGCAGCAGAGGAGCUGACUGUGCGGCUUCAGGGCACCGUCGGCGGUCGCACCUGUUCACACAUGGUCGAGGAGCUAACGACGGCCUCCUCGGUUUUGGACUUGGAAGGUCUGGCCCUGGGUGCUUUUGAGCCAGGACCCGAGAUGAAACCCCGGCUCUUCUUCAUGGGCCGUGAGCUCAAGGAGGCGGAGACAUUUCUGGGCCAUGUUGGCUUGAAGACGAAAUCGACGGCAACCGUCCAGGUGAUGUUUGCUGCUGGCGAGCCACGUGCUGUGGCCAAGGUGCCCGCGACGCAAAAGCCGCCUGCGGCAGAGGCUUCCGAGACAACACAGGGUGAGCCUUCGACCCCGGCUCCACCACCGACAAGACAUGCCUUUGGCCACUGGCAGGACUUCGUCAAAGCAGCUGGCGAACAGAACAACCCGGGCGGCGAAGCGCGGCUGAAGGCUGGGUUCACCCUUCUUUUCGCAGCCAUUGCCACAGUGACCGUGGGCACGGUGAUUGCCUACGUGAUUGGCUCUGAGGUGGCUACCCCUUACACUGCGUGGGUAGUGGUGUUCAUCCUCUUCGCCUAUGCUGGUGCCGUGUUCGGCUACUGCUUCCUGACCUACGAAGAUCCAGCUCAAAGAGUCGUGACGAAUCUUCUGUUUGGGCUCGUUCCCUGGACCGUGAGCUGCGCCUGCUACCUGCUGGCCAUGAUCUUCGUCGACUUGAAGAGGCAAUUCCGGGAGCCUCUGCCGCAGACUGAGACGGAGGCGACGCAGCGCACAAACGACAACCUGAGCUGGAUCACAGGAGGACGGCCCUCGCGCAUCACCGAGUCAGCAGAGGAGCUGCAGGCACAGCGCCAGUCCUGCGAAGAAGGUACGGUUCAGUAUUGGUGGAAGGUCUAG